AUGAAGAAUGACGGUAUGAGGGCUUCUCAUUUCAGCGCCUACCUUUUUCGAGGCGCCUCUUUCAGUGAUGAGGAGCAACUGCAACGGGAAGCAGUUAGUGAGGUAGCCCGGCUACCCGAAUAUGAUCCGUUCUGUCCUGUUCAUGGCAGUCGUCGACGGUUUGCUCGCCGUCAGCAUCUCGUCACCAUGCAGCACCUGAUGACUAGUGUAGACCAUGACGACAUACCAGAAAGCACCGGAUAUCUUUACCAUCAAGAUUUCUUGGCGAAGAUCAUUCGGAAGAAGAAGCGUGCAAUGCUGAGUGGCAAUGAGAAAAUCAAAGUUGCGAAGACUAUGCAGAAGAUCAAGGCCAAUCUUCUCGUCAUAUCGGUGGCGUUCUUGUUCCUUUUCUCGGCUUUCAACGGUCUCUCAAAUCUACAAACUUCAGUGAAUAAUGAUCUUGGAGCGGAUAGCCUUGCCGUACUUUACUUGUCCUUGGCUGUUUCCUCUUUGUUUGUGCCCACCUAUAUGAUUAAUCGGCUUGGCUGUAAACUCACUCUGAUCGUUGCUAUGAGCAGCCAUGUGUUUUAUAUGGCUGUUAACAUUCGUCCAAGGUGA